UGCUGAGAUGCUGUUUUUCCUUCUGCAGAAUGAAGGUAACAUGUGAAGACGUCCUUUUGCAUUACUUGUCGCCGACGGAAUUCGUGGAUUCUCCGGAGUGGGAAUCAUGCGCCACCAAUUCAGAUAAACACUUCCAAGUCACGCUGACUGCAACAGAGCCUUGCCAGUUGCUGUGCUGGGGUCGAAAAGAAUUGCUGACAAUCCUUGCAAAUAAUCAGUUUCUGGACGUAGUGAUGUAUAACCUGAUAGGUAAAGAUAUCACGCACAAGCUAUAUUCACUCAACGAACAACAUCGCAAAGGUGCUCUCCCAGACAAACUGUCUCUCUCCGACUCCUUGGAAUUCUGGAGAAAUCCGUUAUUGAGGAGCCAUUCGGUCGACAUGGUGCACACUGGAAAGAAAGGCCAUGUUCGAUCACUUUUCUGGAAAAAACCGGAAACACAAGACAGAAGAACAAGUACAGCAUUUGCCGAACAUUUAGGCACCUCUCGUUCUUCCAACUACUCAGAUCCCGGUCCAGACAGGAACAAAAGAAAUGCCAAAACUUCAACAAAGGAUUCAGAAAACGAAACACCUGUUUGAAAGAUGCAAUACCCGUCCAUAUCGAGAGAGAGUUCACAUCAUAAUUAUCCCCCAGACAGCUACACAAGAACAAAUUGAAGGUGCAUCUCUGUUACGCUGCACUUGUUGUUUUUCAAUGUUCGAGGACUGAAACGAAAAUUUCAGCCAUUCAGUUAUUCUAGAGAGCUUUUCAGAGUGAACAUCAAAUUUGUAACCCGUUCGUUUCGUAUUUCUCUUUAUGAAAAAUAGGUUGUGAUGAAACUGAAUUUAACACAACGAUAACAGUAUCCUCAAAUGCUACUCAAUUAAUAGCAUUCAAAAUUGUUACCAUAUAACCCCAUUUAAAUAUCUUUAGCUACAAAUUAUUAAACGUUUCGGAAUUCUCAUCCAGUGUUGGAGCAUCUUAUAUAUGACUGUCCAUAUAACAAAAAUGUUACAAUGCGGGUGCAGUUCAAAUAUAUCAAAUCAAAGCAACGAAGAUAUUUUGUCUCAUACAAUAAACUGAAUAAUAUGAGACAGAAACGCACAAGAAUGAAAAUUAACAGAAUCGACUACGUGUGUGAAAUGCUGCAAAGAACAAUUAUCGAUGACGUAUAACUACUAAUGAUCUAAUUCACGCAUAAAAUUUAUUUUCGCAUUGUGUUCUAAUAAUGCUCGGCAUAAUUUUUAAGUAUCCUAUUUUAAUAUUAAAAGCACAUGAAAACAUAAAUGCGCGUUAACUCAAUGCUAUGAUGUAAAAGAAAUGAUUAUUCGUAUUAUUGCGGUUGAUUUUUAUUCUACGAUUAUUUUUUGUAAGCAAAAAAUUAUUAAACUGGGACAAACUGCUUGAA